CAGCAGUCUUGAGGUACUUCCUAUUGAAAGUAUUUGGCGACGAGAAAAUGUGAGCGAGAUGUUGCAGUGAAAGUAACAUGAAUUAUCCUGAAUGGAUUAUUUAUUGACAACUCGAAAGAGGGAUGAUUAUUAUACUUUUUACUCUGUUUUUUAUACUUUUUUACUCAGUAUGUGCACUCCAAAUCAAGUGUGAGAAACACUCACUCCAGUAUGAGUACACCGCCCUUUCCACACCUGACACAUUCUCUGGAUCUGUGUUCAGUGGUGUGUGUGUGUGUGAUGAUAGACAGAUCUCUCACUACAGUAAUGAAGAACAAGACUGGAAGAAAUCAGAAAUCUGGAGAGAUGUUCCUGAACUACAUGAGUCUAGAGACUGGUUUCUACAUCAGCUUUAUCUUCUGUCAAACUGCACAAACUCCAAGUGUUCUGAGCUUCAUGUACUUCAGAGAAGAGCUGGAUGUGAGGUGGAGAAACUUCCUGAUGGAACAAUCAAGAAUCUUAAGGGGUUUGAUGAGUAUCAAUAUGAUGGAGAAGAUUUUAUUGCCUUUAAUUUCAACACAACACAGUGGAUCAAUAAAAAUCCCAAAGCUAAAGAAACCAAACUGAAGUGGGACCGUGAAACAAUACAAAACCAAAUCAUCAAGAUUUACCUCAAGAACUGCAUGAACUGGAUCUCCACAUUUAAUAAUACUCAAAGAACUCUUCCAGAUGUUGAGAUGUUUGCUGUUGAAUCUCCUCAAGAUCAAAACAAGUUGAUUCUGAUCUGUCUGGCCACUGGUUUCUACCCCAAACACCUGGAGAUGAAUAUGAUGUUGAACGGCAUUAAACUGGAUCAUGUAAACUCUUCUGGAAUCAGACCAAACGGUGAUGAAACCUUUCAGCUGAGAAUCAGUGUGGAGAUCCACAGAAAUGAGAAAGAGGGUUUUGAGUGUCAUGUCAAUCACAUCAGUCUAAAAGAGCCGGUUAUAUCAGAAUGGGAUGGAAAAUGCAGUAACUGCAGUGAAGCAUCUAGAACAAAUAUUAUAACAAUCAUAGUAGCAGCAGUUACAGUGUUCAUGAUUGUGAUUUUUAUUUAUAUCUACAAAAGAAAAAGGUCCGAUGGUAAAUUUUUUAGGAAAUAUUUAAUAGAAUUCAUGUCAGGAAAAAUAUUCCUAUUCCUCAAUAUUCCACAGUGUUGUGUUUGUAGAUUUGUGUACUGUUGUUUAUGCCAUUAAAGUGUUAACCUUAAUAAUUUCAUGGUUGAAUUUGUUAAGUUUUAUUUUAAUAACACUGUAGCUGACAUCAAGGUCAGUUUUUAGAUUUAUUGAUGAUUACUUAAAUAUGCUUCUAAUAGUUUUGUGUUAAAGAAAUAACAGACCUUUAAUUGGUAGAUUUAAGCUCAUUUGGAAGGAAUUGUUUAACUGUGACGUUUAUUAUGACAACAGUAAGACUCUGAUAAAAGAUUGCUGCUCCUCAUGAAAAGUCCUUUAUCAGUGGUGCUGCUCAUCUGAAGUUACAAGAUGUUAUAAAAUACAAGAUUUCAGUUCUCCUUUGGUAAUUAGCAGCCAAUGAAGUUUUCCCAUUUAUUUGAUAUGUGAUUUAUGUUUGUCUCUCUCACUUACAAUUUCAACAUGUUGUUUAUGAUGAUUUUUGUUUUUGUUUUUACAGUGUUUUAUUUCAUGUGGAUUCUUAUUGCAUUGUGAAGUGUAAUAACUGAACAUAGAGUAUAUUAAUUCUGUUCAUUUAACAGAAGAAUUUGUACAGAACAUUUGUUGUUUAUUUGUGUCAUUCUAUAUUCUGUAUUUCUCUUAAAAGUCUGUAUAUAUCUUGCCUAUAUUUUAUUAUUUACAGCAUCUUGAGUUGGUUGAUGAUCAAAUGGAGAAACUUUCAAUAAAUCGCCAGUCAUCUAAGAGUCAUCAUGCUCGUGAAAUUACUUUGGGGAGCUAUCAUCAUAACUGCUCUAGAAGAACACAACACAAUUUGUAACAACUGAAGUUUAUUGCUUCAUUUAAUCAGGCCAACACAAUACAUACAAAAAGAGUUGUACAUACCAGUUUACCAUUCUUUUACCAAAUCUGUUCAUGCAAAGCUGCCACAUUAUAGUUCAGUUGCAUCACAAGGGGGAAUAAUCUUUGGGAAUUAUGAUUGCUUUUGUGAAAUGUAUUAAAUAUGAAUGAUAACCUUUAUGAUGAACCAUGUUAAUGUUUUAUGUUACAAAUAAUUAUUUAGUCACCUUGUCUGCCUGAUCUGUGGAAAAAACGCUAAUUAGUAUGUCCCUUGAAUGGGAGGAGCUCGCCCUAUUAAAGGAGUUCUUGGUAGCCAUUUAGAGUGGGAUAUGAUCAGGUUUUAGAAUAAGUAUCAGUGGUAAGGGGUUUUAGGGGUGUGGAUGGAUUCAAAAUGGACUUUUAGUACACACAUUCAACAGAUAAUGGACAAAUAUAAAAAUGGAUUUUAUUAUUUAUUAAAUUAUUACAUUAUUUUAAGGUGCUUGGCAGGGAUAGAAUAGGGUGUAAAUCGUUAUUCUUUAAAGAGAAUAUAUUGUGCAAUAAGAUCUGCAAUAGAUUAUGGUAGUGUAGUGUAUCGUUCUGCGUCAGCGUCAUUUAUAAAAAGGGUAAAUGGUAUUCAAUCCUAAACUUUAAGAUUAUGUUGUGGUGCAUUUAGAUCAUCUCCAGUAACAGCAUUACAGGUGGAAGUGGGGACAUGCCUUUAGACAUCAGAAGACUCCAACUGAAAAUGGUUUAUUGGCCUUCGAUAACAGGUCAUCAUAAUACUCCUCUGGUAACUAAUGUUUUGAAAGAGUGCUGGGAGUAUGAUUAUAAAAAACUAAAUAGCUCUGGAUGGGUAGCAAAUAAACAGUCUCAAGACAGGAAUAUCAAAUGUUGAUAUAGCCCAACAGUGGCCGUUCCUGUAACACCCCCUUGGCUCUUUUUUUUAUGCCAGAAGCUGACUUCCAGCUGCUGGAUAAAAUCAAUGAUAAACAUGAGUGCUCCUAAAAAUGUAGUUGUUCAUCAAUAUUUGAAUCAGAAAUAUUAUUCAAUUAUGCAAAUAUACAUGGACGGUUCAAAUGAUCCUGAUACUGGACGUACAGCAACAGCAGUUUACAAUCCAUAUUUUAAGUACAGAAUUGCAAAAAGGACAUCGGAUCAUUUAUCAGUUUAUGCAACAGAACUAAUAGCUAUUAAUUUGGCUCUUCAGCGAGUAUCCUGUAGUAGUAUGCUCUUUCAUAUUCAGUGCUAACAAGUUUAAUAAGUGGGAAGUCCUCAUCUAGGCAAGAUAUUUUAUUUGAAAUUCUUCAGAGUCUGUUUAGGAUACGUCAGUCACACAUAAUAGUUUCUUUCUUGUGGGUACCAGCUCAUGUGGGUGUGGAGCGUAAUGAGGUGGAUGGUAUGGCUAAGCAUGCUCUGAAACAUUCUAGAAUAGAGGUUAAUGUCCCAUUGAGUAAGUCAGAAGUUAAAGGAUUAAUUAAAGGAGUGGUAAAAGGGAUGUGGCAAGAGAAAUGGAAUUAGGAAGUUAAGGGACAACAUCUGUCCAGUAUUCAAAGUCAAGUUGGGUAUGAUAGGAUUAUAUAUGGAAAUAGAAGGGAUAAUAUUAACAAGAUUCCGGAUUGGACACUCUGCUCUCAAUCAAUCACUGUAUAACAUAGAUAAACUUAAAUCAGAAACAGUUGAACAUGUGCUGUUAAAUUGUGUUGCAUAUGACAGAAAGAUUUCAGCUAAUAGAAGAAUUAAAGUCAGUGGGUAUUAAAUAAUUCUUCAAAAGUGUAUAAUGCUCUUUUAAUUUAUCUUAAGAAAACAAAUUUGUAUGGUAGGAUUUAGUCCAUAUGGAGGUUUUUUUUUCAAUGCACCACACUCCAACACAGGUGGCGGAAAUGCACCAAAAGCUGGUUUGCCAACCGCUAUAAAACCAGAAAAAGAAUAAGAUUUAGAGUGCGAGUAGCUGCAUUGUUGGAUUACGUUUGUAUUUUUUUGGGGGGCAUAGCCAAAAUAGAUGCGUUUAUAUUGUACAUAGAAUUUUGGAUUUUUCUGUCUAUACAGUAUUUUGCACAUCCAUUGGGAAUAAAGACACUUGUAACUGUAUAUUUUUGUCCCCCGUCACUCUUACACCUCUGACCACCAGUACAUCCUAACACAGUUCCUCAUAAAAGUAUAAAGCAUGGGAUAUUAAACUAUUCAGUAGUUUUACAGUUUUUUUUAGUAUUAAUGAAACCAGAUAAACAAUGUUCCUCCAACAAGCCUUAUUUGAAAUUGCACAUGUCCUCUUUUCUGAUAUUUGAUAUUUUCUGAAUUUGUGGUAGAGUUAAGUAUAUUACCUCUAAAUAUUACAAAAAUAAAAUCACUUUUAAUCGUUUUUCAAUCAGAGCAUGACAGCAUGUUUUGAUUACCAUGGCAAGUUUAUUUAAAAGAAAAAAAAAAAAUCUCCAAAACAUUUCUGAGGUGAAUAUAGAAGUGCUACUCUCCAUCCAACAGAGCACCACAGACGGGUUUCAGAAGUUAAAAUCAUGACCUCAACAAUGAAAUGUAACUGUGGCAUUCAUCUCUUCUAUCUCUUCAGAAACAUUUUAUGUGCAUUUGUAUUAGAUAGAGGCAAAAUCAGAUGUGAAACUCGUUAGCUUGGUUGCAGUUUAGUACUUCUCAAUGCAAACAUUAAAAACAUCACUGCUUAUCAUCUUUAUACUUUUGUGUUCAAAACCCCUAGUCCUAAGCACUAGUUCACAGUGGCGAUUUUAGGGGGUGGCCUGUGGUGGCCUGGGCCACCGCUAAAAUCUCAUUGGCCACCCUGUGUCCACCCCAGAACUGAUUGGUAGUUCAUCAUGUUCAUCAACACAAGAACGAAGAACCAAUAGAAACACCUGUCAAUCAAAGAUGACAUCUCAGGUCAUUUGUUGAUUUACAGCCACACUGACCCAGGGUCAGUUUUAUAUUUCUGACCAUUAUAGUAGUUGUGGGACUGAAGCUGUGUGAGCUGAUCUUUGAUCAGUGGGGGAAGGGGCAGGCCGCGGGUGGCCAGGCGGGUGCCGCAGGUCGAGGGCAGUGGGCACCAGGUCUGGAGUAUAAUGGUCGGUCAGAAGCACAAAGCUGACACGAGCUAGCGUCUACCUCCAACUUCCAAUGAGUUGACGAUGUCGAUUUGUGGUCAGAAAGAAAGCUGUUAUUUGAGAGGUAUGUUCAUUUAAUCUAACGUUUAAUUUAUCCCGAAUUUCCAUGUGAAUGUGAAAACAUUUUUUCAUGGUUACAGUUGCUAGGUUAAAGAGUAAGCUAGACCCUACACCACAUUCAGCAUGUUAUCUUUAUAUUGACAUGAAAUAUGAAAUGACAUGUUUUCUGAUUUAAUGACGGAGGUGUGUAAAGCGUUUUACAGAUGUAUAUGUUCAACAGCUAAAGUUAUAUAUAUGGCUAACCUGUGUGUGAAAUGGAAGGGUUUGUGCUGUGACUGUACUUUAAAUCUUUACAUAAGUUAUUUAUGAGCUCUUUGUGUAUUAUUGAUCAGUCAGACCAAUAAAAUCUUCAAAGUUUUUAUACCUUAUUUGACAUUUUAAAUAUGCAGAGGCAGGGCAAAUUGCACUUAAAUGCCGCAAAUGAUUUGACUAACCAUUUUAUUUGGUAAUAAUCAAAGUAAUUGAAGCUAUCAGAGCAUGUGGAAAAUAAACCUGAGUAGACACUGUAAAUAGAGUUUUGUUUUUUACUGUAUUCAGAGCUCAAUCUGCAAUUUUGGGGUUUCCAGACAGACACCUAUAAGCCCUCAGCCAAAUUCACACACUGAUUUGUACCCAAUUUAACAAUAUUUCUGCUGGACAGUGCAGUUAUAGCUAAUAAAUGAAUGAAUGAUUGAUUGAAUUGCGCCUCAAUCAGUUAUCACCUGUACUUGUAUCUUUUUAUGAUUAUACACUAUACCUGAUGUUAUAUGCAGAUUAAUUCUCUACAAUGAGAAUAGCUCUUAAAAAUGUGUAACUGACUUUUCCUAAACAAUUACUGAUUUAAAAAUGGAUGUUAUGUUAAAAUAACCAGAGAUUCCCAGAAACUGUAAUAGGCUGAAAUAGAACAGGAAUAGAAAACUGUCAAAUGUCAAAACAACAGUCUGAUAUUGAAUACAAACAAUUCAGUGAAUGCUAACAUGAGUUUAAGAAUUCAUUUAUUCUACAUGUGUAGAUGUUGAAGCAAAGCAAUGCGAUAUUUACACAUUUUGAUCAUGUGCCAUUCAUAAAGGUUCUCCUGGUAUCGCCACCCCACACUAGGUCUGUGCCCCAUCUUGGCCACCCCAGUAAAAAUGUCCUGGAUACACCACUGCUCCUCUAGCUGUUCAGUUUAUGUAGAUAUUUGCAUUAUAAAAUAAAGAGUUGUAAAGUUAAAACGAUUAAUUACAGAGAGGAGGAUGAUAUCAACUGAAGAACAUGAGCCAUCAUUUCCAUUUGUACUACAAAGAUUUAUAGUUCAAGUUUAAAUUACAAACCAAGAACUGUGUACUGAACAAAUCACACUAGCUGGUAUAUAUAUUUAUUCUGUAAAUUAAUUUGCAGCUUGAAAUCUUUAGAGCUGUCUCUGUUCAGUAUUAUUCACAAACAUACACAAAAGGUUUCUUACCACACUUGAUUUGGAGUGCACAUACUAAGUAAAAAAGUAUAAUAAUAAUGGAUAUCAUCUCUCUUUCGAGUUGUUAGUAAAUAAUCCACUGAGGACGAUUCAUGAUACUUUUACAGCAACAUCUCGUUCACAUUUGCCGUGGCAGAUGAGAACUACCAUGAACUUCUUUCAAUGUGAAGUUCCUCAAGUCAGUCUGUCCGCAAGUGCUUUUCACUGUGUAGACAAUUGGGUGGAGUUCGACUUAGCUGUGAAACCAGCUCCACCUCUGUGAAACCUAGUGAAGCGUUACCUCUCUUCGCUAAGCAAAUCUGGACUAAUCAAGGGCCAUCUACUGGCUGUUAAAGUUAAUACAAACCCUUCAUCAGAUUGAACUAUAACCUAACAUAAAAAAUGCACACUUUUAUUCACUUUAAAGUGCAGCUGCAAAUUAGACUCUAUAUUAGUAAACCAACAGAUACAGAUGAGAAAAUCAAAUCAAUAAACUUGUUUUUGUAUCAAACUGUAAUUCCAGAAGCUGCACAAAUAAAUCUGCUCUGUCUCUCCCUCUCUCACUCUCGUGCAGCUGUCAGCAGUGUCAGAAGUGCUUUGUCCCAUAGAUACUGAACUUAAGAUGUUACAGAUGUAUAAACCUUUCUAAACCUGUUAAUUCAACAUGCAAAUGGUGUUAUACCACGUCUCUGUAAGCGAGUGACGUGAUAAAACUAUUGUUCCUGUUUAUAAUCAAGCUGUUAACAUUGCAAGCGGGUGACGGCGAACGCCUAUACUGUACAUUUCACUGUCAAGCUCAAUUUAAUUAAUCAGGACAAACAUUUAUCAUUUGAAAUGUCUGAACCUCAGGCAUCAGUAAUAGACCACUGUUUUACAACUGAAAUAAAAAAAACUA